GUCUAUUCUCGUUGUCUACGUUUAAUUUGAUUAAAACAUUCAAGUCCCCAAAUAUUUUGUGAGUGCAACUAGGGACGUAGCCACUUAUUUCUACUACAGAGAAAGAAAUUAAAUCCACUUGAAAGGUCAUAUAUAUAAUACGAUAGUAAUGAGUCUAGAAAAAGAAAAACAGUUAGUUUUGGAAUUGAUUCUUCAUUUUUAUAAACAAGGAUGGAUGAGAUUUGGAAGUGGAAAUUUCUGUUUAAGAAACGGGAACGAACUACUUUGCGCAAAAGACCGUGUUCAAAGGGACUUGUUACAGGAAGGUGAAAUUGUACAGUUUUCACUAAGCGAUUCUCCCAAAGUUGAUAAUGUUGAAUGGUCUAAGAUUUUUGCCUACAUUCUACAAAAAAGAAAUGCCGUGUCUUGUAUCCUGUCUACUUCAAUUGCUGCUCUUGGUGCUUCACUUUAUCCUGCAAAGGAAUUUCACACACGAUCAAAAGAGAUGAUCAAAGGAAUUCCCAAGGGUCAUCCUAGUAAUGGAUACCUUUGCUGUUUUGACUCUUUGAAAGUUCCGAUAAUACAGAAUGAUUCCACGGAACGAAUUUACGAAAGUAUAAAACAAACCCUCGAAGACUAUCCGGAAACUAAUGCAAUCCUUAUUCGUGGUUACGGAGCCAUAGGUUGGGGAUCUACUUGGGAAAAGUCAAAAACACAAAUGGAAUGCUACGAUUAUCUAUUUGAACUGGAUUAUAAAAUCAAGAAUUUAUAAUUAGGGUUCUAUAAAUAAUUUAAAUAAAUGAGUCUAUUAACUUCUAUACCCACAUCCCUUUGGAUCGUUUACGCCUUUCUACUAACUGCUGUAGUCGAUGCUGUCUAUCAAUAUAAGAAGAGUUUAUAUCAGUGUUUGAGCGGUUUUGAGAAGUCGUGAAAUUUAGACUUGGGAGAUCUCUGUCUAUAUUUUCUUCCCCAUUCAAUGCGUCCGCGCCGUUAUUCGAAGGGUAUAACUUUCGGUGCUUUCGGUGUUCUAGCCUCCCUUUCGAUAAAAUUCUAGAAUCCCUUGCUCUAUUUGUUAAAAAAAAAAUAAUUAAAAAAGAAAUACUUACAAAGUAGCAUCAAAAUGUUUUUGUAGGUUAGAAAUCCUUGGUUUCUUGUGAACAGAGUCAUUCAGGCUUUCCUCUCUCAAAAUUUCUUGAUAUACUUCCCUCCAUUUGUAAAUUAUUGUGUUGUCUUUGUAGCGGCUCAUAUUAUGUAAAAAAGACUGGAUGCAUUUGAAAGCUAAAGAAUGGGGGACUCUGCUUGUCGUAUUCAUGUUUUUGAAAUCUCGUCCUUUAUGAAUAUCUAUC